AAUGUGAUUGCAAUUGAACUAAUUCUUUAUUUCACAGAUGAAAUGAGACAAUUUUUUAAAAUAACAAAAUAUAUUGAGCUCAGUGCCUGAAAGAACGUUUAACUGAAAACAAUAAAAAAAACAAGAAAACUGUGUUGUGAUCUGCCUUGCCAUUUUAAACAUUACCUAGAUAAAUUUAAUUUAUUUAAAUUCGUAGUCGCUAAUUUAUUUAAGUGUGUCCCGACACUCCAGUUUAAUAAAAUGUCUUCAACAAUACCCGUGGUAUGGUGUUCCAAUCCAAAUGCAACAAACCAAAAACCGAUUGCAUUUGCAUUACAUGGAAUUCAUUUGCAAGGGAAUAUCACCGAGAAACAAGUUUCAGCAUUACGUGAAUUGCUCACAGCAGCCGCAGAAGGACGAUUAGUUCUGCCUUCCGACGGUGGUGUGGUUUCGCUUGAUUGUGGUAUCAAUAUCGGUAGUACUAUAGUCAAAGAGCAGCAAUCUAUUGCAAAGCAAUUGGAUCACAUUGAUGAAGCCGAAGAAAAUGCUGUCGUCAGUCAAAACGAUAAGGUGACCGUCGAUACGAAGUGCAAUGAAGAGACACAAGAUUGUUUUGAACCGAAAUAUUCGGUUUUGUCGAAAGCACCUUCACUGAAUCACUAUGAUGAGUUAUAUGAAUUUCUCUGCUGUGCCAAAUGUAUGAACGAUACGACGAGCAGAAAAUGCACCAAAAUCAAAGCAAAAUAUUUUGAAAAGUAUUUGCAAAGGAAGUUCCGGCCGAAAUCGGAAUCUACAAACAUCCGACAACAUCUCAAGUAUCCAACGAGACCAAUCAGAAAAGUGACGAAAAGUUAUUCAUUUGUAAAGUCAAAGCCAGUGCGACACCAACAAUUAUUAGUUCAUAAUGUUGUUACACCACCUUAUGCAACGGUUAACAAAAUUGCCAAAAACUCAACGAAUUUAUGCAAUGAUGCGAACAUCGCGAUGGUAAAUAACAGUGUCAGUGAAUCGCCAACGAAUAUUGCCAUACAAAAUGUAGAAACGAAUUUGAAAGGAAUUUUGAAUAAUGAAUUGGCGAACGACUUAAAUUUGCCAAUGCAAACAGCCAAGGACUUCGACGAAAAAGAUAAAUGUAGCAACAAAAAAGACUUAGUAAAAGACAAUAAAGUCCAUAGCCAAUCAAGUGAGCUAAUUACACAUUUUGAAAAAACCAACACAAUCUUUUGGAACACGUCACUCGAUUAUGCGGCUAUAAACUACACUACAACAAAGUCCAAUGACAUACCAGCAUCGCAUGAACCAAAUAAUUUAUUACUAGAUUUAUCGUCUAAUAGUUCAAGUAGAAAAACAAGUUUUGAUUCAACGUGCACGAUAAGCUCAAUGGAUUCUGGAUUUAUCGAAAUGCAAAAUAAACUUGACGGUAACACGACACAAACAGAUAGCGGUCAAAACAAAUUGAAUGAUCUUGAUGUAAUAGACGCCAUAACUGUCGAUUCUCCAUCCACAGUGAAUCUUCAAUCAGGAAAACCAUUUGAAAUUCCGCCAAUUGUAAUCACCAGUGACACCAGUGCAACGUUAGAUGAUAAACUAGACAAUGAUACGUUCAAAUUGAGUGUAACCGAAUGUGUUGAUCAUUCACGGAGUCGUCGCAAGUCUUACGAAGAAUUUAAAGCAUUAUUUCAAUCCAACUCGAGCGGCCAAAAUAACCAAACGAAAAGUAAUUGUCGAUCGCGUAGCACCAUUCUCGCACCGAAUGCGGAUUUACUGAAUCCGUUGCCGGACGAUAAUAAAAUAAAAUCACGCCGAAAAUCUUACGAAGAAUUUAAGAAACUCAUAAGAGACUGUGAAGAAAACAUCAACAGCAAUGAUAAGAUCGCAGAGAAAUUUCAAAAGAAAAAUUCAAAACGACAAUGCAAGAAGGGCCUACCAUUAAACGGCAAUGAUUCAUCGACAUCAAAAUAUGAUGAAAAAAAUAUGGAAGUGAAAGCGACCAAAACAAAUGUUUGCGGAACUAUUUAUGACAUUGUGCAUCGAAAAUUAUCGAUCACCAACAAAGGUGAUCAAACAAGUGAUUCGAAUCAAAAGACACUGGCUUCGGUGCGAAGCAAAGACGAUAUUUACAAAGUCAAUGCUAAAAUUUAUGAUAAGCUCAUUUCGUACGGUACCAUCUAUGACAUAAUUCAGAGGAAAAAUGACAUAUACAGCGAAAAGUAUGAGAAAUAUGACAAGUAUAUGACAUAUGGAACGAUUUAUGAAAUCACUCGUAAAUCUGGAGAAUAUGAAGUGUUUCAACGCAAGCGAGCAUUAUCGGAAAAAUUCCACAAACGGUUUAACGACCAAAGUAUCACCAAAUACUCGACGCUCAACUUUGGGACAAUUUACGAUUUAAUUCAACGUCGACAAGGUGAUACAGUUGCGAGCACUAAGUCUAAAGAUCGAAAAUUGUCAAAUGUGAAGGAUGUCAUAGCAUCAAUCGAUAGAAACAAAGAUAAAUCAACCAGCCGAUUUUCUAUGGAAAAAGUAAAUGAAAACGCAUUGCAGUUGGACACUCCCGACAAAAACAAUGAAAAUGACAAUCCAAAAACGUAUUGCGAAGCGAAAUCACCGAAAUUCAAACGACAAAAUCGAAUUCGACGCUUUUCCAAUAUCUUAUCGUACACUCCAAAACAUGAAACAAAAUCUUCGAAAGCUACUGAACUCAUUCCAUCGAUAAAAGAAAUUGGCGCUACUGUGGACAAUGUGGAAAAGAAUGCUACUCUAGAAGUUCCACCACCAAAAGAAGAUUUGUAUUCAAAGCUUAAAACGGCCAUAAACGGACAAAUAUUCAAGUCAUCAUCAUUAGACAUUUUAUCAUCGAAAAGCAACGAAGUUGUGAGCAUUGUGUCAUCGAGCAAAAUUGUUCAACAGAACCAUGUGAUAAAAAGUGAUAACGCCAAUUGUGGAAUAAGUGAAAAUAGUACAAAAUUUGUGCCAUGUGGUCAUGAUAGGGCGAUCACUUCAAAGAACCUACUGACAAAGAAAAGUAAAUCAAGACGUUUAUCGGAGUUCACCAGAGGUGAAUUUUUAAACGAAAAAUUAUGGUAUUUCCGUAAAAUCAAGCGCAUUGAGGCGGAAAAGAAACUACUUCUUCCAGAAAACGAACACGGAGCAUUUUUAAUCAGAGAUUCAGAAAGCCGACACAAUGACUAUUCAUUAUCAGUUCGUGAUGGUGACACAGUUAAACAUUACCGAAUACGUCAGUUGGACGAAGGUGGAUUUUUCAUCGCACGACGAACCACGUUCAGAACGCUGCAAGAACUCGUGGAACACUAUUCUAAAGAUUCCGAUGGACUAUGUGUGAAUUUAUGUAAACCAUGUGUACAGAUUGAAAAACCGGUCACCGAAGGACUGUCGCACAGAACACGAGAUCAAUGGGAAAUCGAUAGAAAUUCAUUGAAAUUCGUUCGGAAAUUGGGUUCAGGACAAUUUGGUGAUGUUUGGGAGGGUUUAUGGAACAAUACGACACCGGUGGCGAUAAAAACAUUGAAAUCAGGCACCAUGGAUCCUAAAGACUUCUUGGCUGAAGCACAAAUUAUGAAGAAAUUGCGACAUAGCAAACUCAUACAAUUGUAUGCAGUUUGUACGGUUGAAGAACCCAUCUACAUAAUAACUGAGCUGAUGAAACAUGGUUCCUUGUUGGAGUAUUUACAAGGCAAAGGACGAAACUUAAAUUUGGCACAACUCAUUGACAUGGCUGCACAAAUUGCGGCUGGUAUGGCUUAUUUGGAGUCACAAAAUUAUAUACAUAGAGAUUUAGCGGCACGUAACGUUCUCGUUGCGGAUAAUAACAUUGUUAAAAUCGCCGAUUUUGGCUUAGCUAGAUUAAUCAAAGAAGAUGAAUAUGAAGCCAGGGUUGGAGCUAGAUUCCCAAUCAAAUGGACAGCACCGGAGGCUGCAAACUAUAGCAAAUUCUCAAUAAAAUCUGAUGUUUGGAGUUUCGGCAUUUUGUUGACAGAAUUAGUGACAUAUGGAAGGAUUCCAUAUCCAGGUAUGACAAACGCUGAGGUAUUAACGCAAGUAGAACAUGGUUACCGUAUGCCCUGUCCGCCAAAUUGCACAUCAUCUGCACUGUACGAAAUAAUGCUUGAAUGCUGGCACAAAGAUCCAAUGCGACGGCCCACAUUCGAAACGCUACAAUGGAAACUGGAAGAUUUCUUCACAUUGGAACAGAGUGACUACAAAGAAGCACAAGCUUACUGAUAAACAUUCAAUUAAGUUAACUAAAAAACAAAAGCAAACAAAAAAAAAUCAUUGAUUUCUAUUGAGGUUGAUGAGACAUUUUCUAUUACGAUUUUUAUUUUUUCUUCGCCGAACAUUUUACUUAAAAAAAAAUUUCUAUCGCGUUAAUCUUUAAACAUUUUGAGAAAGUUAUAUGAUUCGUCUGGUACUUCUGAAACGGAUUUUUUUUAAUGAUUUUAAGGCAAUAUUAUGUUAGAAAUAAAAACAAAAAAUGUUGCACGACAGUUCAACUGAAAAAAUGAAAAUGCAGUGACUAAAAAUACGAAACUUGUAUGAACAAAAAAAUGUAUUUGAAAGCAAAGAUUGAAGUGACUAUAAUGAAAUGAAGAAUUUGUAAUUGUAAGUAAAUUUUAGGGCCUACAUACACACACACACAGAAAUGGACAAUUGUUUGAAAUUUUUGUCGAACAUCUGAUACUCAGAGCCACUUUUUUAUAUCUAUCAUUAUCAAUUCAAUGCUGCAUUUUGUGAUCCGAUUCGCGAGAUUGGAAUGGGAAAAUUGGACAAUAUACAAUGUAUUUCAUGAUUGACACGCAAUGUUAAUUGCUAAAAAUUUGAGUAGAUCGUUUUAUAGACUGCAAGCAUAUCCCUAGCACAUAUUUGUCGAGAGCGUUGCUUCUUUUGAUCCAACAGAUUAAUACGAAAUGUUGACCUUGUAGUUUAACAAAAAAAAUAAUUUACUUGUCUUUGACAUUAUCAAAUUGACAAUAGAAUAUUGUGUUACUAGGAACAAAAAGAUGCUUUUUCGACCCAGGUGGUAAAAACAUCGGAGGAUGCAGUGAAGCUCAGCGAAGCCAAUCCAAUCAAUGUUACGCAAAUGUUACUCAAAUCUUCAUAAUAAAUGAAAUCCGAAAUUGUUUCAACAUUUGAUUUUCACUUCACGAAAUGACGACUUCCACAAUAAAAUUGACACAACUGGGAACGAAAAGUGACGUAACUGGGAACGAAAAGUGACGUAACUGGGAAUGAAAAGUGGAAAUUGAGAGAAAAAGUUGUUGUUUUGGGAGAGAAGGUGACGUUUUUGGUCGGCCUGAAUGAAAACGUUUUUAUUUUAAUGUUCUGCAAUGGACACAUCAGUCAUGAUUGUUUUUUUUCCCCAGGACAAUCGCAUCAACUUUUUCCUCCCUAAAUUUCUCCAAAAUUUUUAGUCAAAGUUUCACAAUUAUUGUUGGGAGUUGCGAGAAUUAAUAUACCAAUUCGUCUUCGUACGCAAGUCAUUACGAGGAAGUUGCUCACAGUUUCCAUAGUCUGCUACACGCCUAAACGUUCUUUCGAAUUUUUUUUCGGAUUCAACUUCCAAUCUUGGAAGCGUGAGUAAAAUAAUCGACUAUGAAAAAUAGUGACUUGCCUUCCUGGGACGAUAUUUUAUACAAUUGUAGUACGUGCCGAUGGAAUGGCUUAUCUCACUAGUCACAUUAACAUGGUCCACACAAUUGUGCAAGUUACUUUACACACAAAACCCCACGAAAAUGAAAAUUGUAAUUGUCAUUAGGUAUAAUGGAUCGUUUCCGUGAGGUAAUGAACCAAUGGCGUUAUAUGUAUAGACCAAAGCGUACCUUAAAGUGAAAUUUCUUCUUUCAAUCUGUUGAUAAAUCAUUUAAUUGAAGUGAUACACUCGGUAACUGUACUGGUAACAUGCUUGCCUUCUAAGACAGGUCAAAAGAAAUGAAUUUGUAGCCACUUCAAAUGUCAGAGAUAUUUUGUAAACAUAAUUGUUGUUGACUUUGUCAGUCAAUGGCAAGAAAUCCAUCGCUACAAAGAUACAAUAAAACAGGAACCGAAAAUAUGAAAAGAGAAAUGAAAUUUAAAAAAAAAAAUGUUUAAUGGGAGUUCUAUAAUGUGCUUGACACGCGUCUAAUGAUUAUUAUUUCUUUAACCGAAAAUCUGUUAAUUUUUCAUUUUUUGUACUUUGCUUUAAAAAAACGUGAAACAUAUUUUUUACCACAUUUCCAACACGACUGAAUUUCGUUAAGGUAGAUUUUUCUUUGUUGAAAACAAUUUUUUUUCUUAAAUUUUGUUUGUGGUAAAAUUGUGUUAGAAUAAAUAAUUUAAGUGAAAACGAAGAAUGCGUAAAAUAUUCAGUUUAUUGCAUAAAUUAAAUUAUUAAAAACAGAAAACAUUUUACACUAUUAUCGUCUUCAGCAUGUGAACGUACACACACACAUUUUACUAUUAAAUAACAUCUCUGUAAUCUUUAAAAUAGAAAAAAAGUUAAAUUUUUAAAUCGAAUGUUCUACUGUGAAAAUGUUAAAAAAAAAAUAGAAGAA